AUGGCUGUACCUUCAAAACCAGUCGCGACCGACUCUGUGGUCGAGCGCUCUGAUUCGUCGCAAGCAGAAGCUCUUCCUGCAGGUGACGUCCCAGAGCAGAGCGAGGUUGACUCUUCUAUCACCGAUAUCUCGUCUCAAAUCCUUGACGUCAUCUUUGACUAUGCCUUGAAUAAGUUCAACGACAGUAAGGAGAGGCUCGAGGCUGGAAGGCCCAAGUUCUUGGCCGUUGUGAACAAGUUCGUGACCGCCGGGACUCGGGUUGACAUGUGCCUGCCUGCCUUUCCCUUCAAAUCAGCAAACAAGGCCUACAAAGUGUUUGGCAUCCUCCCUGACAAGGCUGAGGAACUUGCCCUUGGUCGUCUCAACACUAUGUGCGCUCGUAUUAAAGAGAUCUAUUCACCCGGAGCGCGCUGCGUUAUCAUUUCUGAUGGUAUCGUCUACAACGAUCUGUUGAGUAUUUCCGACCGCGAUACAUGGGCCUAUGGACAAGCCCUUCGCAAGAUGUCUUCCGCCAAGUUCGAGUACAUCGGCUUUUCUAGGAUCAAGGACCUGAUCGACUUCCCUAUGCCUCCCGACAUGAAGGAGAUUGCGUAUGUCGCCAACGCUACCAACUUCCGCCGAGCCUUCCUCAACCGUUUUGGUAAGGAUGACAUCGACAUCCACCAAGAGAUCAAAGACAAUCCUGAUACCAUGAUGACAUACCUUGGCUAUCGCCGAUUCCUGGAGUCUGAUCUCAAACACAUCUUCCCUAUUGGAAAUGGCCGUGGUGCCAAUGAGUACAGAAGGGAUGUGAGGUAUCUUGCCAAGCAGAUGCUCAUCCGAGGAUAUGCCUUUGCAGGUGCUGUCAAGAAUGGCUUCCCGAACUACUUGCGACUCUCCAUCCAUCAUUCCACUGGCGAACACAAAAUCUCAAUGAGUCUGCUCGACACCAACACUGGCUUCACUACGCCUUGGCAUUGCUGUGUUGCUCGCAUGGCAAAUGGCGAAUGGACCAGUGCUCCCAUGGGCGAGUAUCUGAAGGACCCUAACAUGAAGGUCGUUCACGAGAACGGUCGCCCAUCCUACUUCCAAGAGACAAUCGCCGACACCAAGACCGAAGAGGUGUCGGAUGCUCAACCUGUCCAGAUGCCACAGAGUGCUGUGCAGACAGAGCCAGAUCAGGUCAAGUCCACUAUUCUCUCACCCUUCACAGGUGAGGAAGAAGAACGUCUCACCGUUCUCGCCAAGUCCAUCUCUUCGGAGCUCAAGCAGCAGGAUAGCAAGCCCAUCAACCCUUUCUCAGGCCCCGAUAACCCUUCCCUUGACCCACACUCAAGCGAGUUCAGCAUAGCUGCUUGGUUGCAGGCUGUCAUGAGUAUCACAUCUCGUGACCCUGAGAAAUAUCCUCGCGGUGUUGCUGGUGUGGCGUACAAGGACCUCUCGGCCCAUGGAGUUGGUGAGGCCACUGACUACCAAAAGACCUUUGGCAAUUAUCCCUUGGAGGUAGUCAAGUUUGCCAAAAAGCUCAUGAGUCAGGGCGAGUCUGCCAAGAUCCAGAUUCUGAGGGACUUUGAAGGUUUGGUUAGGAGUGGAGAAAUGCUUCUAGUCCUCGGUCGACCUGGAAGUGGCUGCUCAACAUUCCUAAAGACCAUUUCUGGCGAGACUAGUGGUUUCAAGAUUGGGGAGGAAUCGAAGCUGAAUUACCAAGGUAUUCCUCAGGAUAUUAUGCACAAGGACUUCAGAGGGGAAUGCAUUUACCAAGCAGAAAAUGACGCGCAUUUUCCUCAGUUGACCGUGGGACAGACUCUCGAAUUUGCUGGCAGGGCAAGGACAUACGUGACACAUCUGCGUGAUGUUGUGAUGGCGGCUUUUGGCUUGAGUCACACCGUUGAUACGAUUGUUGGCAAUGAUUUCAUAAGAGGAGUGUCUGGAGGUGAGCGUAAGCGGGUUAGCAUUGCUGAAGUUGCCAUCGGAGGUAGUACCCUCCAGUGUUGGGACAACAGUACUCGCGGCCUUGACAGCGCGACCGCUCUCGAAUUUGUACGAACACUACGGACCUCGACAAAGUUCACUGGAGCAACGGCUCUUGUCAGCGUCUAUCAAGCUUCACAGUCUAUCUACGAUGUCUUUGAUAAGGUUGUGGUACUUUAUGAAGGGCGCCAGAUUUACUUCGGAAAUAUCCACGCCGCCAAGGACUUCUUUGUCAAUCUAGGCUUCGAAUGUGCAUCCAGACAGGUAACAGCUGACUUUCUCACUUCCCUCACUAAUCCGUUGGAGCGGAGGGUCCGACCUGGCUUCGAAGGUAAGACACCUUCCACGCCAGACGAGUUCGCGGCAGUAUGGCAGCGCAGUCAAGAACGAGAUGUCUUGCUACAGGAGAUCGAUAUGUUUAACAAGCAGUAUCCUACCGGAGGGCCGUCACUAGAUGCCUUUAGACAUUUUCGUAAGACUUUCAAGGCAUCAUCACAGCGUGUCAAGUCCCCGUACGUCCUCUCUAUCCCACAGCAAAUCGCGCUCUGUGUACGACGAGCCUUCCAAUCCUUGCGAUCAAAUGCGACGCUUGUGGUCUUUGGGUCUCUUUUCAAUGCGAUCAUGGCACUUGUGGUUGGUAGUAUCUUUUACAACCUUCCCAAUACUACCGAUUCACUUUACAGUCGUGGCGCGUUGCUAUUCUUUGGGAUCCUUCUGGCGGCAUUCGCCAGCGCACUUGAGAUCAUGACGCUCUAUGCGCAAAGGCCUAUCGUUGAGAAGCAUAAGAAUUAUGCCUUCUAUCAUCCGUUUACCGAAGCCGUUGCCUCUAUGAUUUGCGACCUACCAAACAAAAUUCUCACAUCUCUCACCUUUAACUUAGUGCUUUACUUCAUGACGAACUUGCGGCGUACUCCUGGUCACUUCUUUGUCUUCUUACUCUUCACGUUCACUUGCACUCUGACUAUGUCGAUGUAUUUUCGUUGCAUAGGAGCUUUAAGUCGCUCACUCCCCGAGGCCCUUGCUCCUGCUUCACUCUUUUGCCUCGCCCUGGCUAUUUACACCGGCUUUUCUAUCCCCAUUAAGGACAUGGUUCCUUGGUUUAGGUGGCUCAAUUAUCUCAACCCUGUCGCCUACGCUUUCGAGGCCCUGAUGAUUAACGAGUUUCAUGAUCGCACGAUAGGAUGCUCGAAAUUUGUCCCACAAGGUCCUGCCUAUGAAGGCAUCUCAUCCGCUGAGAGGAUCUGCGCGACCACUGGAGCCGCGGCUGGCGCAAGUGUCGUCGAUGGCGACGCAUACCUCUCAGUGAACUUUGGAUAUCAUCAUAGCCAUAUGUGGAGAAACUUUGGUAUCAUGCUUGCUCUGAUGAUUUUCGGCUGUGCAGUCUACUUGGUGGCUACUGAAUACAUCUCCGCUAAGAAAUCAAAGGGUGAAGUCUUGAUUUUUCGAAGAAGUCACAUGCCCUACCUUGAAUUGAAGUCCGAUGAAGAAACAGCUUCCUUCGGUAAGAACUCCGUGGGUAUCCUGGACAACGAGAAGGCUCUUGGACCCGCUGCUGGGCUUGAGAAGCAGACUGCUGUCUUUCAGUGGAGCGACGUGACAUAUGACAUCAAGGUCAAGAAGGAGACCCGACGGCUACUCCAUCAGGUCGAUGGUUGGGUCAAGCCAGGAACAUUGACUGCACUCAUGGGCAUCACGGGUGCGGGUAAGACAACUCUCCUCGAUGUGUUGGCCAAUCGCACUAGUGUCGGCGUUGUUGAUGGCGAGUUUCUCGUCAAUGGACGACCUAGAGACACAGGGUUCCAACGGAAGACUGGUUACGUGCAGCAACAGGAUCUUCACCUUUCGACUACUACUGUCCGGGAAGCCCUGACAUUCAGUGCUCUCCUUCGACAGCCACGAGCUACUCCGCGCAAAGAGAAGCUUGAAUAUGUGGAGCAGAUCAUUGACACUCUCGAGAUGCAUUCCUAUGCUGAUGCUAUUGUUGGCGUCCCGGGCGAAGGCCUGAACAUUGAACAGAGAAAGCGUUUAACUAUCGGCGUCGAGCUUGCAGCGAAACCUGCACUACUGCUGUUUCUCGACGAACCCACUUCAGGCCUUGAUAGCCAGACAGCAUGGUCCAUAUGUCAACUCCUUCGCAGGCUCGCAGACAAUGGCCAGGCUAUCCUCUGCACAAUCCACCAACCAUCCGCCCAUCUUUUCCAGUCAUUUGACCGUCUGCUGUUCCUAUCUAUGGGUGGUAAGACUAUGUACUUUGGUGACAUUGGCCCUUCCUCCAAGAUCAUGACAAGCUACUUUGAACGCAAUGGAGCGCGCCCUUGUGGGGAAGACGAGAACCCAGCAGAAUGGAUGCUUGAGAUCACUGGUUCUGGCAGUGAACAAGAUUGGCCUUCUCUUUGGAACGACUCCCCGGAGCGAGAGGCAGUGAAAGCCGAGCUCGCCGUCAAGAAGGUAGAGCUUUCGCAGUUGGCCACUCAUGUGACAGGAUCAAGCGACGUGGAUGCAUUGCGCCCAUUCGCAGCACAGUUUAUAACGCAACUCUCUGUUGUGCUGAAGCGAGUGUUCCAGCAAUACUGGCGUACGCCUUCCUACCUUUACUCCAAGGUUGCACUUUGUCUUUUCAGCGCACUUUUUAUCGGCUUCUCGUUCUGGCAACUAUCCAAUUCCCUCCACGGGCUCCAGAACCAGAUGUAUGCCAUUUUCAUGCUUCUCGUCAUUUUUGCCAACGUCUGCUCUCAAAUCAUGCCACAUUACGAUGCUCAGAGGGCUCUUUACCAGUCUCGCGAAAGCCCAUCCAAGACAUAUUCAUGGCAGGUAUUCGUGCUCUCCAACCUACUUGUUGAGAUCCCUUGGAACUCUCUAUCGGCACUUCUUAUCUUCUUAUCCUGGUAUUACCCGAUUGGACUUCGCCAUAAUGCCCUGGAAGCAAAUGAGGGACCCGAGAGAGAAGCGCUCAUGUUCCUGUUCAUCCUCGCGUUCAUGAAUUUCGCAGGAACUUUUACGAAUAUGGUCUUGUCUGCUGUAGGGAAUGCUGAAGCAGCUGGCAACUUGACCAACCUACUGCACUCUCUGUCUCUUAUUUUCUGCGGGGUUCUCGUGUCGCCUGAAGCUAUGCCUGGCUUCUGGAUCUUCAUGUAUAGGGUAUCUCCUUUCACUUACUUCUUCUCUGGCGUUCUCUCUGUUGGUCUCGGCAACUCACAUAUCUCUUGUUCUGCUGAGGAAUACCUGCAUUUUUCCCCACCACCAUCCAUGAACUGUUCGGCCUACCUGGCACCUUACAUAGAGACUUUUGAUGGCUAUCUUACGCCAGGUAGUAUGGGGUCUACUUCUGAAUGUGUAUUCUGUAGCGGCAACGAUACCAACAUCUUUUUGGAGACAGUAAGUGCAGAUUAUGAUGAUCGGUGGAGGAAUUUCGGCAUCUUCUGGGUCUACAUUAUCUUUAAUAUAGUCGCGGCACCUUUGUUGUUCUGGCUCACCAAAGUGCCGAAAGGCAAGAUGAGCACGAGGAAAGAGGACACAGGGGGAAGGAUAUCGGAGGUUGAACUUAAGAAUACUGGUGCAAAAUGA